AUGGCUGGUCUUCGUUUGAUUGAUUUGGCUAAGCCUAUUUUUACCCUCCUACCUGAAGUGGAGGUGCCGUUCGAGAAGAUCCCAUUCGAUGACAAAGUCGUGUACACUAUCUUCUCUGCGUUGAUUUACCUCUUUGCACAAUUCCCUCUUGCUGGUGUGAAGAAGGACGCAGCAGACGCAACCAUAAAGGAUCCCAUCUACUUCCUUCGUGGUGUCUUCGCCGCAGAACCAAGGACUCUGUUGGAGUUCGGUAUUUUCCCCAUUGUUUCCAGCGGGCUUAUCCUGCAACUGUUGGCCGGCCUAAAAGUCAUCAAGGUCAACUUCAAGUUGCAAAGGGACAGAGAGCUGUUCCAAACACUGACCAAAGUGUUUUCCCUUUUGCAGUACUUUCUACUGACUAACAUCUUUAUCGCCUCAGGUUACUACGGUGUUGAUCUCACUUGGGUCCACAUCUUCCUGUUGAAUGUCCAGUUGAAUGGUGCAGGGCUGUUUGCCUCUCUGCUGACAGAGGUCAUCGACAAAGGUUUUGGGUUCACCUCGGGACCAAUGAUCAUCAACACCAUUGUCAUUGCAACGAACUUGGUCGCAGACACAUUGGGUGUCAACCAAAUCUCCGUCGACGCCGAGGGGAACACGGAACCACAGGGGGCACUGAUCAACUUGUUUCAAGGGUUCAGAGCCAAGCACAAGACUUUCUUGGGCGGUAUCGUCUCCGCAUUCGACAGAGACUACCUACCAAACUUGUCCACCAUGGCCAUAGUCCUGUGUAUUGGUAUCAUUGUCUGCUACUUGCAAAGUUUCAGAUUGGAAUUGCCCAUCAGAUCCACCAAAGCCCGUGGUAUGAACAAUGUGUACCCAGUGCGCCUGUUCCACAUCGGCUGUCUGUCCAUCACCUUCUCCUACGUGCUUCUGUUUUCAAUCCACAUCGUUGCCUUUGCAGCUAUCGUUCUGGUGGGUAAGAACAACCCAUCCAGUCUGGUCUGUAAAGUUCUGGGGCACUACGAGAUGGUCAACAACAUCCUGGCCGUGCCCACUUUCCCACUGUCGAUGCUAACACCACCAAGAUCGCUUAUCGGCGGCAUCCUGUCCGCGCCACUCUCCUUCAUCGUGUACCCAUUGUUCGUCUUGACGACCGGUGUGUGGUUCGCGUACAGGUGGCAAGCCAUCUCCGGUGGGUCUGCUCGCGACCUUGCCCUCGACUUCAAGGAGCAAGGUAUCACGCUGACCGGCCGCAGAGAACAGAACAUCGCAAAGGAACUAGAGAAGGUCAUCCCAUCCGCCUCUACCACUGGUGCAGGCCUCCUGGCACUCUUGACCAUUGCUGGUGAGCUGCUGGGCCUUAAGGGGAAGGCUGCCGGCAUGGUCGUCGGUGUUGCUGGCGGGUUUUCCCUGCUGGAGAUCAUCUCCAUGGACUACCAACAAACCGGCGGGGAUUCAGCCUUGUCUGGUGUUCUUGGUACCCCAACCAACUUCUAA